ACGGGAGAGACAAGAGACAGAGGUGGGGUGCUUCACGCGAGCGGGCAGCUGGUAGAAGAAGGUUAUGUGUGUGAGGAGACUGCAGAGCAGAGAGAACAGUGUGCAGAAGCGCUGAUUACGAAGCAGCGAGAAGAUUCUCCUGAGGAGCACGGCACAAUAUAUACAAGACGUCCUGGAAAUUCUGCAGAGCACCGGUUGCAGUGGGCUUGACCAGCUAUAUACUUUGAUUAAAAACUUUUGUCGUUGUGGGAGUACUGGUGCGUGUGCGUGCAACUCCUCGCAGAGGAGUUUGUACUUCAUCGUUUCUCUCUGUGUAAUAUAUAGCGCAGAUGGCAGUCUCUGAGACGUUCCGAGUGAAGGUGGUACAUGGAGAGGGACUUAAGGGAUGGUCGAUGCUUGUCUCACCGGAAUUAUACAUCCAGCUUAAGUGGGGGGAAGAACAGCACGUCACGACGAAGAAAAAGGCCCGAUGGGUAGAAGGUGCUAAUUAUGUCCUCUGGGUGGAAGAGUUUGAGUUCUCAAGAAGUAUAGCAGGGAGUGGAUCAAAGAUAGAAGUCAAUUGUUUUCAGUCUAAUAUGUUCUCAGAUGACACACUGCUAGGGAGCGGUGAACUGUCUUUGGAGCGGACUUUCACCUACGGGAACCAAGAUGUCCAUGUGCAGCUUUCCAAGGGCAGCCAAGAAGCGGGUAGCCUGAAGAUAGUCACUUCCUUCAAGCCGAAUAAGCAACCUCAUUCUCCUCUGCAUACCGUAACAUCGUCAUUGUCACUCCACGAUUCCCCCUUCCCUCCUCCCAAUUUCCCAACGUCACUUUCGAGUCGCACACGUGCGCCUGCAGCAAUGAUGUCGGCACCUCCCCAAACACAUUGGGGUCCCACAGGUGCGCCUGCAGUCCUACACGACCCCCCAAUGUCUUGGUGCCCCCUAGCCCGCAGCAGUUCCGUGCCUGGCACUUUCGCCGAAUUCCCAGCAGAGAACCCCCUGCAGCACUAUCCUCCCCUGCAAGCUCCUGGGCUGCAAAAUUCCCUCUCACAGUGUGCUUCCUCACAGUAUCCUCCCCCACAAUACAAUUUGCAAUAUUACCCUCUACAGCACUCCCUGUACCCUCAGCAGCAACCCCAAUACCCUCAGCAUCACCACCAAUAUCCCACUAUGGUAGAGCCAGUGGAAGUGUAUGAGAUCGCCGUCCCCGACAGCUAUCCGGUCCUUGGAGAAUAGAUACCAUGGAUGAGGAGGGGAGAAUCGUAAGACAAGAAGGGCACUGAAAAAAGUGGAAGUCUUGUGAAUGGUUUCUCAUAAAUCUUUCUGUGGUGGCGUGUUAAUCCACCUCUACUUCAUUCAAGGUGGUUUUUACCAAUGGCAUCCGAUCCGCAACCGGGCUAUGGCGUGGGCCUGCUUUCUUUUCAUUGCUAUGGCGUGGGCCUGCUUUCUUUUCAUUGUGGCUGGCGGGGCCUCCAGGCAUCUGGGUGCGGUAGCCCAGGAGAUCCAGAAGUUGUGGAUGAUUAUAUUUACACUCUUUUGUUUUUUUGUCUAGGGCAGGAAGUUAUGGUCUCAGGGGUUGAGUAGUGACCCAGCAUGGGAGGGUGACCUCGCAGAGUUGGGUCUUCGUUUUCUUAGAGUUCUUUUAAUGUGUACAAUAGUCACUGUGUUGUAUGGAGAUUAACUACCCUGGUGAUGUUUCACAACUAUUUCCUAAUGCAGAGUAGUCUUCUCUUGGAGUUGGAAGCUUCACCAUUGUUUUGAUCAUCUGCAUUGGUUGGUCCAUUCUAUAUUUGUGAGGAGUGGCGGAGCUGGCAACCAGUGCCAGUGGCUCGAGCGUAUUAGUUAGUAAUCAGAGACGAGACAGACCUGAAUUAUAAUACAUUGAUCUGGCAGUGAGCUUUGGAGUUCAUUCAAUGUGAGGUGAACAGAUGGGAACAACAACAUAUAAAUCAGAACUGCUGUAAAUAACAGACAUCAGACCAUGGCGUGAAUGAAGGUCGUGGCUGCAAAUAUGUGGGUGGGCCUCUGUCAGGCUGCAUCGGGUAGUUGCCUGUGGUUUUGCAUGUGAUCACACUACCUGAUCUGGUAAGGGCUGGGCUGGAGGCAGUCCCUACCAGCCUGGAGUUAGAGACCUAGGCUAGUAGAUCCCAAGGAGGCAGACUGGUGCAGCGAAUAUAUUAGGCAGUGGGCAGUGGGCAUUAGGAGGCAUGAGCGCUGGCAGUGCAGCAGCGGCAAGGAAAGUAGCCAGCACCAGAAGCAGCAUCGCUAUCGGUAGUGCACAGCUCGAAUGUGUGCAAGCCAAAGGAGGGGCAAGGGGGCACAAUGCAGUGAAGGGAAGGAUGAUGGGGGAGAAGGCCAGGUCCUUGGGAGGGGAGGGUGUGCGAACAGCUGGAUACGUACCUGGUGUUCGAUGGGGGAGCAUUUGUGUGAUCAGACUCUUCAGCGGCAUCUCCCGAGAGGAGAGGGGAUAGAGAGACCGAGCGCUAGUAGGCAGUCACAUGGUAUAGCUCACACAACUAAUUUCUGUGUGUGUGUGUGUGUGUGUGUGUGUGUGUGUGUGUGUGUGUGUGUGUGUGUGUGUGUGUUUCAUACUUCUGUAUGGUUUCCAUUUGAGGUUAGUGUGGUGAAUCUGUUGAUCCAGUUCGCACAUUUGUUUGUCCUGGGUCAAUCCAGAUUGUACAAACGGUUUGUAUUAGGUUAGUCCUGUUGACUGGUCUGUCUUAUUUCUCAAAUCCUGUUGUAAGGCCUGCCGAGCUUCCUAUGUUUUAGA